AUGGGUUCCCAGCUCAAGAACUUCAUCCGGAUCCCUGUCGCCGAAGGCAGCUUCCAGACCUUGCCGGUCGAUGAGGAAAAGAGGCUCGCGGAAUCAGAAAUCAGGAUCGAGCGUGCCGAAGAAAAGGAUGCCUACAGGAUUGCCGAGGGUCUCUAUACCUGCUUCCGCGAAGCCUGGUGGGAAAAAAGAGAACCACUCCACCUCCGUCCAGAGAACAAUGAAACUCGAGUUGAACGUAUGGCGAAAAGGAUUCAGCCGUCUUUUUCUCAACCAGGCAUGCAUUGGAUCAAAGCUGUUCAUGUACCAACAUCUACUAUAAUCGGUGCAGCAGGCUGGGCGGGCCCCACACUACCCCUCCAUCACAUCUACCGCCGCUCCGCUAUGACUUUCUUCGGAUGGCAGGAGAAGCUUGGGUUAUCUGAUUCUGAGAUUGACGACCUAUUCGCCCACAUCGACGAUGAAGCCUGGAGCGGAGGCUUCGCCAAAGAUGACGACGCUCGUCGCGAGGUCCUUGGCGAGGAGCCGCACUGGUAUCUUGCACCACUAAUGACGUGGCCGGAGUGGCAGGGUCGCGGUGUUGCAAAGAAGUUGCUGAACUGGGCAAUUGAACAGGCUGAUGCACAGGACCCACCGACGCCAAUGUACCUGGAAAGUGCGCCCACGGCGAGGGCGGUGUAUAUGCACGUGGGAUUUGAGCCGCAAGGAGAACACAAUUUCCUGCGUAGAGGACCCAAGGUGGUCAGGGGCUCGGAGGCGGAGGAAGAGGGGAAAGGGAGUUACGUGGAGGGAAAAGCAGAGAAGGUCGAUGUUGAAACUGUCGCUGAGGAGAUAGAGGCUAACAUGGCUUCUUGA